GCUCAGCAUUACAACCAUGAACUGAAGCGCCCUCUCGUUUACUUAGGCUCUUUUUUACCAAACUACACUAUCACCUAUCUUCAUUACAGCGGAUAGCACGUUUCGUGUCUUCAAGACUUAAAAUGCGUUACGUCGCCGCUUACCUACUUGCUGCUUUGGGAGGCAAUGAAAACCCAAAUGCUGAGAACAUCGAGAAGAUCUUGAGCUCUGUUGGUAUCGAAGCUGAGUCCGACAAGCUCAGCAAAGUUAUCGCCGAGCUCAAGGGCAAGAGCCUCCAGACUUUGAUCGCUGAAGGACAAGCCAAACUUGCCUCCAUGCCUGCUGGUGGUGGUGCUGCCCCUGUUGCUGCCGCUGCUGCUCCAGCUGGUGGAGCUGCCCCAGCCAAGGCUGAGGAAAAGAAAAAGGAGGAGAAGAAGGAAGAAUCCGAAGAGGAGGAUGAUGACAUGGGUUUCGGUCUCUUUGACUAAACCCUUCAUUUCAGUAUUUCUGACUGUUGACAGCUGUGGGAAAUACAUUUUGAAAUGUCAAAUUGAA